CUCAGAAAUCGUCAACAUGAAUAACGACAGCACAGAGAAGCAGACCUCAGCGGCGGAGGUCGAGGCGCAGCCCACCUCCAUGGGUGGACCUGGUUACGAUGUCGGCGAGAAGGUCGACUACGACAGGGCGGGCGCCAUCGAGGCCGAGGAGGUCGAACAUAAUAUGACUGUGCUCCAGGCUGUCAAGGCCUAUCCCGCUGCCAGCUGGUGGGCAUUCGUGAUGUCAUGCACUAUUAUCAUGGAAUCAUAUUGUGUUUUCUUGAUGGGACAGUUCAUAGCCACAGCUCAAUUUGCCCGUGACUUUGGUGUAUACACCGAAAAAACACAGGAGUGGAUUAUCGAAGCUCCAUGGCAGUCAGCAUUCCAGUGUAGCGGGCCAGUCGGUGCCUUCAUCGGUGUAUUUAUCGCUGGUCCCAUUACCAGUUGGAUUGGAUAUCGAUGGGCGACCAUUGGCGGUCUCAUGUUCUUGAACGCCUUCAUCUUGAUCUUCUAUUUCGGCAACAGCCAAGGAAUGUUUUUGGCGUCCCAGAUCCUGGAAGGCAUCCCGUGGGGCAUUUUUAUCGCCAAUGCACCCGCCUACUGUGCCGAAAUUGUGCCAAUGCGAUUGAGAGCUCCAGCGACACAGAUGUUACAGAUGUUCUGGGCGAUUGGUGCGAUCAUAGUCGGCGGUAUCACUUACCACUACCAAUCCAAGCCUGACUCGUCAUCCUACAGAGUUCCUAUUGCACUGCAGUGGAUGUUUCCUACUCCCCUAGCUAUCCUACUCUUCAUUGCGCCUGAAUCGCCCUGGUGGCUCGUACGGCAGGGCCGUCUGGCUGAGGCAGAGAAGGCCGUCAAGCGCCUUGGACGCGCGAGUGCAACUGAUAAUCCCGCCGACGCAGUCGCAAUGAUGCGUCGCACGAUCGAACUCGAGAAGACUGAGAAGAAGCCCAGUCUCGUUGAAUUGUGGAGAGGCACCGAUCUCUACCGCACAUUGAUUGUGUGCGGUGUAUACGCAUCUCAGAAUCUGACGGGCAAUCUGAUUGCUAACCAAGCGGUUUACUUUUUCAAACGUGAGCUCGGCCAUUUCCUACAACCUCAUAGCCCACUAACACCAGCUCAGAGGCCGGUAUGGCAGACAACACCGCAUUUGCACUUGGCCUCAUCACCUCUGCCCUCCAGGCGGUAAUGGUCAUGCUCUCUUGGAUCCUCACCACAUAUCUCGGCCGACGCACCAUCUAUGUCUAUGGUCAAUUCAUCAACUGUGCAUUCUUGAUCCUGCUCGGUAUUGCGGCUUCAGUUGGAGCUAGUAAGGCGGCUAGCAAUGCGCAAGCAUCACUUGGCUUGAUCGUCUCCGUUCUGUUCUGCUUGGGACCCGCCCCUGCCUCAUGGGUCAUCAUCGGCGAGACAUCUUCCGUUCGUCUCAGGCCACUGACAACUGGUAUUGGACGAGGUGCCUACUACGUGGUCAAUAUUCCUUGCAUCUUCCUUUCCAGCUACAUGCUCAACACCGAUAAGUGGAACCUGGGCGGCAAGAGCGGCUACAUCUGGGCUGGUACCGCCUUUAUCUGCACCUCCAUGGCUUGGCUCUGGGUUCCGGAGAUGAAGAACAGAUCCUUCCGUGAGAUCGACAUUCUCUUCCGGCGUCGUGUCCCGGCUCGCAAAUGGAAGCAGACGGUUGUCGAUAUCCGCGAUGAUGAGUAGAUGGAAGUUACUGCUCGGAGAAGCCUUAGAGGUACUGCUUGUGCAGUAAUGGGUGGCAGAGAUCACUUCCUUACUCGAUAUUUACAAGUAAUUGUCUUCAAGAUGAGUUGGAGGGUGAUGACCACGGCGGAGUGUACUGCAGCUAUAGUACUCGGCUCGCUUUUUGUAUAACUGAUUUGAGAGGCUAAUACCACGUGAAUCGUGAUUCUGACAGAGCUGGAUAGCCGAGUCUGGUUUAUUUCAUAUAAAUGCCUGUAAUC